ACUAAGACCGAAACGUUCACAUCAGCAGCAGAAAUCAAAUCGCCGUGAAUCUGAAAUCGAACACAUUUGCAGUUCCGCAUAUCCUUCGAACCGAAAAUUUGUUGUUUCCGUGACGCGCGUUGUGUGUUUCCAAAGUUGGAGCAUACUUUAUUUUUUGUGUUGCACAAAAAAAAGAGUAGUUGCAAGCGUAGCUCUUCUGGAAAAAAGAAUACAACUUUUUAAUUCUCUCUCCGCCCACCUACACCUACAUUUAAUCAGCAAUGGCCGCUUAUGCUGCAUUCAAACACGUCGAGCUUUACAACGUGGGCAAAGCCAAGAAAAGGGUGCUGAGGCCUCCAGGCGGCGGUUCCAGCGACAUAUUCGGCUCGGAUAUGCCCCAGACCCCCAGGAACGUGAAGAACCGCAUGGUGUCCAACAUAUUCUCCGUCGAGAAGGAUAAUAGCGUGAAGAAUACCGUACGACAAGGAGCUCACAGAUUCUAUUUCAUUGGUGAUAAUCCGCGUCGCGGUCAGAAGACUGUCGACUCACACAAUCGACUCUUUGGGGAGCCCAUGCGUCCCAUCACACCUGGCAAGAACCACAUGAAGAGCAGCAUUCCCUUUGGCCAGAACACAGAGACAGCCGCUGCCCAGAAGCUGCUUACCAAUGGCAGCAGCACCACCAACGGUGCCACCACCAAUGGCCACUACAAUGGAAAGAGCGGAUCCGUGUCCUCGGCCUCGUCGUCAGUCUCGUCCUCGACCGAGAACCUCAAGAUGAACAGUGGCUCCCGAUCAGUCUUCAUCCGCAAUAUGAGCAGAGCUGAAGAUAUCGGAGAAUCGAAAUUAAUUAAAAGCGAUACAGAGUGUCCCCUGACACCGGUAGCAAGUAACACACGGGUUGCUGCACCAGCCAAAAUCCUUGGCAUCGACCAGCCGUGCCUGGACCUCGAAGUGGGUGACGUGCCAAAAGACAACGAGAUCUUCACGGAGUCUGGAAAGCACGACGUCCGCAUGCAAUCGCGUCAAGACUCUGCAAGCAACGUAGAGCAGCCACACUCUCUGGACAAGAUGCACAGCGAACCAGAUCUCAAGGAGCCCCUGUCCCUCUGUCCGGACACUGUGAAGGAGGUGCAUGAUCCGUGCAACUCACGCAAUCCCAUCACUGGUUUGGGCCUUAACGGGGAUGGAGUGGGUGGCCUCAAGCCCGUGAAGCAGAAGAUUCGAGAGGGAAAUCCCGUCACCGGCGAGGGAUACAGGCCCGGCGGAACGGACUUCAUUCAGGCCGCCGGCUCGACCAAUGGCGGCAGCGUCGGCAACGGUGGCAACAGUGGCAACGGUGGCAACAAUGGCAACGGUGGCAAUUCGGUGGUCAACAAGAACCGUGUGCCUCCGGGCGGCUACUCGUCGGGACUCUGGUAAUUGAAAGGGACGCUGCCCAAGUCCCAGUAUAAGCGAGCGACAUGGGGCAACAAUACAACCAACACCAAGACGAGAAACAAGCGACAACAAAACACACAGUUCUACUACCCACUACCCCCUUACAUGAUAUAUACGAAUAACCAAUCAACCCAAACCAUUGCAAAACAGUGCAGAAUCACACAUGGAGCAUAGACAACUAGCCACACUAGCAUCAGCAGAAAUCAGGCAUCAACAAGCUGGAAUUGAAGGUCUGGUAGCAGACGGCAGACAGCAGAAUAGAAAACCAAAACGAACACAAAUAUUUGCUCAAAUCGCUCAGCACUGCGAAGAACAACACCCUCAAUUGAAGAGAGGGUUUGAGAGCUGAAAUUCAUCAAAACACACAGCACACACCUAACCAGCCGGCACUUUUGCAUUACUCCACAUAAAAGUGAAUUCUAUUUUGAAUUUCGUGUACCAGAUGAGCCCUGCUCUGCAAUGGAAAAAUCCUCCUGGAUUCGGGGUGAUGGGGACUCCAAUCGAACACGUGCGCCGAUACGUGGGACACUCUUAAUUAUAGUUGCAUCAAUGUAAUACACGCCGCGACACAUCUAAAACAUUAUAUUUAUACCAAGCGACUCACCAUCACCCCCUCACACCCAUACACCCAAUACAUACUCGUACAUAAUAUACAUUACAUACAUAUUACAUAUGUAAUUUAACGGUACGCCUGCACGUACUAAUGUGCACGUACUAAUUAAGUGUAAAAAUACAAACAAAUGCGAACCCGAAUAUUUGUUCAAUAAAAAUCUUUUCGUACAUAA